AUGCGCGUCAACGGCGCGGCGGUGGGGCGGAGCGACGCCGACGCGUCCGCGUCCGCGUCCGCGUCGUGCCCGUCGACGCCCACGCGGACGAAGGUGACCGAAUCGGGGACUGGAAGAGACAAUCGCGCGGCCGUGCGACGGUACCGCGAGCGAAAGCGGAUGGAGGAGCGAGCGCGACGCGCUGAGUGUGAAAGACUGCAGAAAGAGAACGAAACUCUUCGUGGACAGCUGCGGACGACGGAGGCGGAGUUGACGCACACGAAGUGGUUGUUGACAGUCGUGGCGUGGAAGUACGACGUGAACUUGAUGGAUAUUCCAGUGCACAAGCCCUCGACGGCGAUGGUGCCGAUGGAACACCCGAGAGGGGACGAUGAGGACUUAUUGCGCGUCGCAGACGAAAUAUCGGAGAAAUCUGCGCGAAUCACUGAGACGGAGCGCCCGCGAGCGCCGAACUCGAAACCACCCAUCUCGCCGGACGAACUCGAGCUCAAAGACUUUUUAGAGGAGUAUUUCACGCACGGAGACGCGUGCCCGUGCUUUGACGGCAUGGACACGCGCGAGCUGGCGAUUAAUUCCGCGAUGUGCUUGCCCGCGGCGCACCACGGGGCGCGACGACACCGCGGCCUGUGA